AGUGUCGGUAAAUCUUGUCUACUAUUACAGUUCACAGACAAGAGGUUCCAGCCUGUUCAUGACCUGACAAUUGGGGUUGAAUUUGGUGCACGAAUGAUUACAAUUGACGGCAAGCAGAUAAAGCUUCAGAUUUGGGACACAGCAGGUCAGGAAUCAUUUCGUUCAAUCACACGAUCAUAUUACAGAGGAGCAGCUGGUGCAUUAUUAGUCUAUGAUAUCACAAGGAGAGACACAUUUAACCAUCUAACAACUUGGCUGGAAGAUGCUCGCCAACAUUCAAAUUCCAAUAUGGUGAUCAUGUUAAUUGCCAACAAAAGUGAUUUGGAAUCAAGGAGAGAAGUAAAGAAAGAAGAGGGAGAAGCAUUUGCCAGGGAACACGGCCUUAUUUUUAUGGAGACCUCAGCAAAGACUGCCUCAAAUGUGGAGGAGGCAUUUAUUAAUACAGCAAAAGAAAUUUAUGAAAAAAUCCAGGAAGGAGUAUUCGACAUAAACAAUGAGGCAAACGGCAUUAAAAUCGGACCACAACAUUCAACGCCUGGAUCACCUGGGUCUCAUAUGGGAGGACAGCAAGCUGGAGGCGGGUGCUGUUGAGCCUCAUCAUUCCAUGCGAAGAGCCUGAAGUGGCUGUUUCUUGUCCAUAGGCUAUUGUACUUUUACCUUCUCUUCUCCUUCUCCAGUUUCAAUGUUCACUUUAAAGAAGAUUUUUGAAAUUGUAUUCAUACUGUAUCAUUUGCUUUUGAUUUAAAGGUUUGAUUGUGGUUGUUAAAUGUUGUCUUGUUCCCCCCAAGUAAAAAAAAAAGAAAAA